GGCUGCGCUUCCCUGGGCGGGCGGAGAGCGGCGCUGGGUUCCCGCGGCGCACGCUCCGCCCGAGCCUCCCCUUCUCCCGGCCGCCGCCGCCGCUGCUGCUGCCGCCACCGAGCCGCUCCCCCUCCCCCAGCCAGCGCUCCCGAGCAGGAGCUGCCGCGCCGCGGAGCAGGAGGCGGCGGGAGCGCCUAGGGCAGCGGCCGGCGGGGUAGCGGCGGAGCGGCGAGCACCACCCGGCACGGAGGCUGCUCAAUGCUGCACCUUCCGGAGCUGCAUGAGAGGCCGGUAGAGGACUGUGGAGAAGGAAAGUUUAUAACCAGCAGCGCCAGGAUGGACUUCCCUGCUACACAACCAAAACCUGCUGCCGACGGUAAAAUCAUCUACUAUCCUCCCGGAGUGAAGGAGAUUACGGACAAAAUUACCAACGAUGAGGUGGUUAAACGGUUAAAGAUGGUGGUAAAAACCUUCAUGGAUAUGGACCAGGACUCAGAAGAUGAGAAGCAGCAGUAUCUCCCAUUAGCCUUGCACCUUGCGUCUGAAUUCUUCCUCAGGAAUCCCAAUAAAGAUGUGCGCCUCCUUGUAGCAUGUUGCUUGGCUGAUAUCUUUCGUAUCUAUGCUCCUGAAGCUCCAUAUACUUCCCAUGACAAACUUAAGGACAUAUUCUUGUUUAUUACAAGACAAUUAAAAGGCUUGGAGGACACGAAGAGCCCUCAAUUUAACAGAUACUUUUACUUGUUAGAGAAUUUAGCUUGGGUCAAAUCUUACAACAUCUGCUUUGAGUUGGAAGAUUGCAAUGAAAUUUUUAUUCAGCUUUUUAGGACUCUUUUUUCGGUUAUCAAUAAUAGCCACAACCAGAAGGUACAAAUGCAUAUGCUGGAUUUGAUGAGUUCUAUCAUCAUGGAAGGCGAUGGAGUAACUCAGGAGCUGCUGGACUCAAUUUUGAUUAACCUCAUUCCUGCACACAAGAACCUUAACAAACAAGCGUUUGAUCUUGCAAAAGUCCUGUUGAAAAGGACCGUCCAGACCAUUGAACCGUGUAUUGCCAAUUUUUUUAACCAGGUUCUGGUACUGGGAAAGUCUUCAGUAAGUGACUUAUCAGAACAUGUGUUUGACUUGAUACAAGAGCUUUUUGCCAUAGAUCCUCACUUACUGCUGUCUGUCAUGCCGCAGCUGGAAUUCAAGCUGAAGAGCAAUGAUGGAGAAGAACGUUUGGCUGUUGUUCGACUUCUGGCGAAACUCUUUGGCUCCAAGGAUUCUGAUCUGGCCACGCAAAAUCGACCUCUUUGGCAGUGCUUUCUUGGGCGGUUCAAUGAUAUCCAUGUCCCUGUGAGAUUAGAGAGUGUGAAAUUCGCCAGUCAUUGUUUAAUGAACCAUCCAGACUUAGCAAAAGACCUCACUGAAUAUUUGAAGGUUAGAUCGCAUGACCCAGAAGAAGCCAUUCGACAUGAUGUUAUUGUUACAAUUAUUACUGCGGGCAAGAGAGAUCUCUCUUUAGUCAAUGACCAGCUGCUUGGCUUUGUGAGGGAAAGAACGCUGGACAAACGGUGGCGAGUAAGAAAAGAAGCUAUGAUGGGUCUUGCCCAGCUGUACAAGAAGUAUUGCCUUCAUGCUGAGGCUGGAAAAGAUGCUGCAGAGAAAGUGAGCUGGAUAAAGGAUAAACUUUUGCACAUAUAUUAUCAAAAUAGCAUUGAUGACAAAUUGCUGGUUGAGAAAAUCUUUGCUCAGUAUCUUGUUCCACACAAUCUGGAAACAGAAGAGCGAAUGAAAUGCUUGUACUAUUUGUAUGCUAGCUUGGAUCCAAAUGCUGUCAAAGCACUGAAUGAGAUGUGGAAGUGCCAGAACAUGCUAAGGAGUCAUGUACGAGAAUUGCUGGAUUUGCAUAAGCAACCCACUUCAGAAGCAAACAGUGCUGCCAUGUUUGGAAAGCUGAUGACCAUAGCAAAAAACCUUCCAGAUCCUGGAAAAGCACAAGAUUUUGUGAAGAAAUUCAAUCAGGUUUUGGGUGAUGAUGAGAAACUUCGGUCCCAGCUUGAACUGUUAAUUAGCCCUACAUGUUCUUGUAAACAGGCAGAUGUCUGUGUGAGGGAGAUAGCUCGGAAACUUGCAAAUCCUAAGCAGCCAACAAAUCCUUUUCUGGAAAUGGUCAAAUUUCUUUUGGAAAGAAUUGCCCCUGUACAUAUUGACUCAGAAGCCAUUAGUGCACUAGUAAAACUAAUGAAUAAAUCCAUAGAGGGGACAGCUGAUGAUGAAGAGGAGGGUGUAAGUCCUGAUACUGCUAUUCGUGCAGGACUUGAACUUCUCAAGGUUCUGUCCUUUACACAUCCUACCUCGUUCCACUCUGCAGAGACCUAUGAGUCUCUACUGCAGUGCCUCAGGAUGGAAGAUGAUAAGGUAGCUGAGGCAGCCAUACAGAUUUUCAGAAACACGGGUCAUAAAAUAGAAACAGACUUGCCACAGAUAAGAUCAACACUAAUUCCAAUUUUGCAUCAGAAAGCAAAAAGAGGCACUCCUCAUCAGGCAAAACAAGCUGUUCACUGUAUACAUGCUGUAUUUUCAAAUAAAGAAGUACAACUUGCACAGAUCUUUGAGCCUCUUAGUAGAAGUUUGAAUGCUGAUGUACCAGAGCAGCUUAUAACUCCCUUGGUCUCUUUGGGUCAUAUUUCUAUGUUGGCUCCAGACCAGUUUGCUUCUCCAAUGAAAUCUGUUGUUGCAAAUUUCAUUGUGAAAGAUCUCCUAAUGAAUGACAGGUCAACAGGUGAGAAAAAUGGAAAAUUGUGGUCUCCAGAUGAAGAAGUUUCUCCAGAAGUACUAGCGAAGGUGCAAGCAAUUAAACUUUUGGUGCGCUGGUUGUUGGGUAUGAAGAACAACCAGUCAAAAUCUGCAAAUUCCACACUCCGGUUAUUGUCAGCCAUGCUCGUCAGUGAAGGAGACUUGACAGAACAGAAGCGCAUCAGUAAAUCAGAUAUGUCUCGACUGAGAUUAGCUGCUGGUAGUGCAAUAAUGAAGCUUGCACAGGAACCCUGUUACCAUGAAAUAAUUACCCCAGAACAGUUCCAGCUCUGUGCACUCGUCAUUAAUGAUGAGUGCUACCAAGUGAGGCAGAUAUUUGCCCAGAAGCUGCAUAAGGCACUUGUGAAAUUACUGCUCCCUUUGGAAUAUAUGGCAAUCUUUGCUUUGUGUGCCAAAGACCCUGUGAAGGAGAGAAGAGCGCAUGCCAGACAGUGCUUGCUCAAAAACAUCAGUAUUCGAAGAGAAUAUAUCAAGCAGAAUCCCAUGGCUAAUGAAAAAUUGCUGUCCUUGCUGCCUGAAUAUGUGGUACCAUAUAUGAUUCACUUACUGGCACAUGAUCCAGAUUUCACAAAACCUCAGGAUGUUGAUCAGCUUCGUGAUGUCAAAGAGUGCCUGUGGUUCAUGCUUGAAGUUUUAAUGACAAAGAAUGAAAACAAUAGCCAUGCCUUCAUGAAAAAGAUGUCAGAAAACAUCAAGCUUACCCGAGAUGCUCAGUCUCCUGAUGAGCCAAAGGCCAAUGAAAAACUUUACACAGUAUGUGAUGUAGCACUAUGUGUAAUCAACAGCAAAAGUGCUUUGUGCAAUGCAGAUUCACCGAAGGACCCUGUAUUGCCAACUAAAUUUUUUACACAACCUGAAAAGGAUUUCUGCAAUGACAGGAAUUACAUUUCAGAAGAGACAAGGGUUCUUCUUUUGACAGGAAAGCCAAAACCAACUGGUGUAUUAGGAACAGUAAACAAACCGUUAUCUGCAACUGGAAGGAGACCAUAUAUUAGGACUACAGGAUCAGAGACUGGAAGCAGUGUAAACUCUGAGCUCAGCUCUUCUGCAGGAAACAGAUCAAGGGAACAAGGUUCAGAUAUAUCAGAAACCGGAGUCAGUGAAAAUGAUGAAAAUCCUGUGAGGAUUAUUUCAGUCACACCAGCAAAGGCAGAACCUGUGAAAAACAAGGAGAUGAAUUCUGAUCAGACAACACAAGGAAAUAGCACUGAACGUGGGAAAAAAAGAACAGCAACAGCAUCUGGAACAGAGAAUAUUCAUCAAAAAACAGAAGAAAAAAGCGUAGAAGAAACAGGCCCAUCGCUGGCAGCAAAAACCAGAAGAGGGCGACCAACCAAACCGGAACCUCAGGGUACCACUGCAAAAAACGAGGAAACAAAUAAACCACCUGUCAGGGGAAGGAAGAGGGCAGCAGCCAGCCAGGAAAGUCCAGGGAGUUUAGAGGCAGGUAAUGCCAAAGCACCAAAACAGCAGGACACAGCAAAAAAGCCAGCAGCAGCACAGAGACAAAUUGAUCUACAGAGGUAAAAAGAAAACUAGCUCGAAAAGGGAGGAAAUGAAGGCCAAAUAAAGGCAUGCUCCAAGCUUCUGCAAAAACUAGGAUUCAGAAUUUCCUGUACAGGAACUGAAAUUACUUCAAAACACACAGCUUUCAGCUCUGAAACCAGAAGGAAAACUAUGCUUCCCUUUCACAUGAAAUUAAUCCUUCUCAAUGGAAAUGUAAAGCAGAAACUCUUGAGAAAGAGGCUAAAAGCAUCUGUACUUAUUUCCCCAGAGACUUUUUUUAUGAAAAGUCAAUAAUUAAGCAAAUUGCUUAACACUUGGUUCCAGUUCCUGCAUUCUGGAGUUUAAAAGUGUAUUUACACCAUUAACUUUCAUGCUGCAUUUUUUUUUUAAAGAAAGUCAGAGAAGGUCCUUACACUGACAUUGAAAAUUCAUUAUCCUAGAGCCAGGUAUUCCCAUGUUUCACAGAAAAGGUAGAAGUCUACUGAAUGGAUUUUAAACAAGACUAGAGUUAAAAAAAAAAAAACACAAAAAAAACCCCCACACAAUUUUUUUUUUUUGCUUUACUUUUGGAGACUGUUUUAUGUAUAAUUCUUUCUGCCUGCCUACUUUUCUGCAAAAAUAAGAUGUACAGAUUUCAGUUCCCUGCUAUGAAAAGUCAUGUGGUGGCAAUUUUAUAAAUGUUGCUUUCUGAUUUUUAUCAGAGUGGGAAAGUAAUCACUUAAAAUUAUUAUUAAUUCGCAAGUAGACAUUUCAUUUUUUAAUUUUCCCUCCAUUUUAGUUUAAUAUAAUUUGCAAUAAAUGUACAUAUUGAUGUUUGUUUUAUAAAAACAUAUAUCACUUUUAAGUGUUUUUACUCCUGCGGUUCUGUUGGAAUAUUCUAAAUUUUAAAGGAGUAAAGACAGUCCAGCAUUUGAUUUUAUAAUGUUUGUCACCAGAUUUUUAUUAUUGAUGUAAAGAAAAAAAAAAAUCAGUUUUUAAAAAUAGUUGGACUUUGGCAGCUUUGUAAGGAAAGUUGGAAAUGUUUAGGAUUGCUCUCAAUUUUAAGCAUUGUGCUGAUUGGAAGUAAGUCUGUUUUGCAUUUUGUCUUCCUGUCCAGGCUCAUUUUUUAAUGUUUAUUUUAGAAGAUUGUUGCAUCAAUAUUAUGUUUCCUGGCAUUGUUCAGCAUAGAUACAGUGUACACUUUUAUGUACACAUGAUGAUCAUAUUUAAGUUUGUUGCAUAAAAUAAACGCUUCUAGGUGUCA